GCGAGGCCUUUUAGCCCAGAAUGUCCAUCUCCUAUAAUUCGCUUCUCAAUUGCCCCUUGGUUUCCUUUUACUCACGGUCUUACAUUACAGGUUAUGAUAGUAAACAGCUACCGGAAACCUGAGAGCCAACGCUCCUCUCCUGCUCUCGGUUUCCCUCGCCCGCGUUUCCUUCGCUACCGCCGUUUGAGGUAACCGGUGAAAUAGAGUAACUGGAGGGAAAGAGAUUUUUUAUUGUAUUUUUUUAAUUUUUUCGUGUAAUACCCUUACUGUCGCUUACAAUUAUGCCUCCAACACCAACAAAGGGUUACCGGAGAGGAGGAGGACAGGAACUGGAAAGAAACAGGAAAAAUAGGUUAAAUGAGAAAGCGUUGUCGUUCCACGGGAAGAUACCGGCGGAAAUGCCGGAGGCGAGGAUUCGACGGCCGAAGACACUCCCGGACUUGCUGGCCGGAAAGAAUUUGCCUGCUACGGUACCGGAUGUGAGGCCGAAGUUAACGAAGGUUUUACUCAACGUGACUGUCCAAGGAAGCGUUGGUGCGGUGCAGGUUUUGAUGUCUCUUGAAUCCACCGUCGGCGAACUAAUCGCCGCAGCUAUCCAGCAGUACAUGAAGGAAGGCCGCCGUUCGAUCAUUGCCAACGACUCCUCCAGAUUCGACCUCCAUUACUCGCAGUUUAGUUUAGAAAGUUUGGAUAGAGAUGAGAAACUAAUGGCGUUGGGUUCAAGAAACUUCUUUCUGUGUCCAAAAAAAUCGGGGAUGGACGGUGCAAGCUGUAGUCGUGGUGGAGGAUUGACAACGACGUCGUCUCCGUCAUGCUCAAAAGAAGUUAAAGAGGAGGCUGCUAAAAGUGGGUUUCAUCCUUGGCUCAAAUUCAUGGAUUUCCUGCUGUGAUUAAUUAACCACCAGAUGAUGCCUGCUGGCUAAUUAGUUAUCAGAAUUACUAUUAUUAAUAGUCUUUUUUAAUGCAAAUCGUGGGUGUAAAAAUGGGUUUGGGGGGUAAAUUAGGUAUUAGACCGUUAGGUAUAUUUGUUAGGUCAAAUUAGAGCAAGAGAUUCUUGAAUGCAGUCGUGGAGUAGAAAUGUGCAGUGGUGGAUUGUUUACCAAAAAAAUUUUCCUCUCUAUGUUUUUGUUGCUUUGAAUCAAUGGAGAAGUGAAUGGAGACAGGGGACCAGCGAUACUUGAAUAAGGAAGCAUCGACUGAAGCGGCUGAACUCAGAACAGAUAAUAUCGCAAGGAGUCCUUUGAAGACAGCCCAUCGUGAGUGAAAUGAAAAGAGAGUUCCCCCCACUUGCGACUUGAUUGGUCCCCUUCCACUUCCCCCAUUGUCAACUCGCUUGCCCCGGCGUGAAGAACUCUCCUACAUGGCCCCAAGAUCGUCUUCGUCUUCCAACUCAAUUCGAAGACCUGAUAACGGCAUCAUCUACAUGCUGACCUUUUAUAUUCUCACUCUCGAGGCAAAGGUAACCGCUACCUGUCUCUGGAGCCCUAGCUCGAAGCUUGUGAUUUAAUUUUCUAUCCGAGUUUAAUUUAAUUUUUUAGAUUUUAAACUCUAAUUUAUAUUAAAAUAUAUAUUUUUCGUCUA